CACGUUGUUGAAUACGCCGACUGCGAAUAUGUUCACGGGUACAUCGUAUUCAACCGACACGACAAUUGCAAGGAAAUCUGGCGCCGUGUGCUCGACGUACCCAACGAAGAUCUCUGCACUCUAUCUCCACCAGACUCAGAUAUGCUUUCGGCGUGGACUGACGAAAUCCCCUGCUGGCAUGCUUCAACGCCCUGGGCACUUUUUCGCAUGCCAGAAAACACUCGAGCUUUCCGCCUCUCGCAUCUGACCUCACUGGCUUCAGGUGUGGAAAGCGCCUCAUAG